GCCUCUCCACUCAGACGGUCGGGUCCCUCCGGGGCCCCUCUGGCUCUCACAGGCAGUCUGCGCCUUUUAGGUGACGGGGACUGUGUAACCUGAGUCGGGAUGAAAACUGCGCUCCGGAUCCGGCUCCCGGCCCAGAUGCAGCUCGCCAGAGACAGAGAGGAGGCGCACGAUGGAUCCCGUCCCACUGCUGCUCCUCAUCGUCGCAUCUCUGCGCGCGUGCGGGGCCGUCUACACGGGGCCCCUGCAGCCGGAGAUCUCCAACGGCACCUUCCACCACUUCUUCGUCCCGGACGGAGACUACGACGCGACGGAGGACCCGGAGGAGUGCCAGAUGCUGUUUAAGUUCUCGGACGUGCGUCCGUGCGCGGCCGACGAGGAGAGCGACGCGGCGGUGCGCGACGACUUCAUCCUCACCAAGCUGCAGGCGGAGGACGCCGCGCGCCUCCUGGAGAGCGUGGGGCGCGCCGUGGCGCACGACCUGGACGGAGAGGACGGCUACGGCAAGUUCCUCCAGCGCGAGAUCGCCCAGAUCGGCGAGGCCUUCUCCGGCGUGGACAAGUCGCUGCUGGAGCUGGAGGUGAAGUUCAAGCAGAGCCAGGAGAGCGAGCUGCGAGAGGAGCAGCAGCUCGGCGGCUACGUGGUGAAGCAAGUGAGCGACAUCCGGGGCGCGCUGAGGGAGACCACCGACAUCUCCCUGGGACUGAAGGACAAACACGAGCUGCUGUCUCUCAUCAUUCGCAGCCACGGCACCAGGCUGAGCCGCCUGAAGACCGAGUACCUCAAUGCUGGAUCCUAGUGGAGCUUAGAGAGGGGACGCUCCAGUUCACCGAACAACUGGAAAGUUUAUUGUGGCUUAUAAAUAUCUGUUUAAAGCGUCUGAAAUCCCUGAACCUUCAGUCAUCCCUUUUCCUUGGAGCCAAGGGAGCUCUAACAAAAAUAUCAACUCAGUCUGGAAGGAAAGAGGAAAGAGGAAAUGUGAGCAUAAAUUAUGUCUGCAACAAUUCCCCCUGUGUCACCUCAGAGGAUUUAAAUCAGAGGAGACAGAGAGGAGUGUGAAAAUAAAAUCCCUCUAAUUGUUCCAGAUUAGCAUAAAGCUGUCAGCCAGCGUGAUUCCAAUGUUGUUUACAGUUUUAGGUUAUUCAAACUCAAAUUAAUAUUUAUUAUAUGCCCCUAGUUACCCUUUUUUUUCUCAAUGUAUUUCUCACUUCUGUCAUCAAUUCAAUCCUGCAUUUCAGUUUCUUCUAUAACUUCAUGACUUUCCUUGUUUUGGGGCAGACAGCGUACUGUAAGUGUUGGAUAGCAAACAAAAACUAUAAAGACUUGUAGAAAUCACUAAAAACCUUUGGAUUUUGUAUUCCUGGCACUGGCCCCCUGGCAUGUUUUUCCAUCCAUGUGUUUCCUCUUGGCCCUACAAGUGGCAGACUGGACCGUCCCUUGAAGUGACCCUGGUUAAUUGUUGUCUGAGGUCUGUCACUGCCUCCCACUUCCAUCUGGAAGUCAUCGACUCAAGUAUGAAAUACUGUCUGUUUGAAGCGACUUGUUAGCAUCUUCUCUUUUGUCUGUCACAUAUUCAGAGAUCUCAUUUGAUAUGAGAUGUGUGUGUGUGUGUUGAAGUCUGGAUGGGUUCCAGAUUAGAUCAUUUUACUUAUAAAUAGAGUGGAUGCCCGGCUUGUUCAUGUCUAUUAAAAUGUUUGUGUGUUGCUCUUCAGCUGUGCUGAGAGGCAGCAUCUUAUUCCACAGACACUGUUUAUCGACGGAAAGUUGCUUUGAAUUCUUCAUAAAAGCAUCGGCGGCCGGAGGGUCUCACACGCAAACCGAUAUGUCAGAUUGUUCCAAUUUGCAGAGCUUUGAGUUUUAUAUGCCUUUGGUAGUAAUGUGUGUAUUUCUUGUCUUUAAUUGUCAUUUAAAAGACUAUUGUUUAACCCAAUGUUUGUAACUACCACAAAAUAACAGCCAUAAGUGUGCCCACUUCUUUUUUUUCUUUUUUUUUUACAGAGAUAAUGUCUGUGCAGAUGUGAGGGAGCCAGAUGGGCUGCCAUGGGCGCAACUGGGUGUGAUUUCCUCUGUCUGGUUUUCCUCACAGUCCAGCUUCCCCUGAGGGACCCCCCUUUUAAAAACAGCUCUCACACAGCAGCUCAGCGCAGUGCAGACCGACCCCGGCAAAUACCCAGAGCUCCGCCAGCGCAGAAACCCUAUAUGUCUAUAAGGCUCCUAAUUUCGAGGGGCGCUGCGGCGGACUCACAAGAUUUGAUUAAAAGAUCUGGUUGAAAUUUCCACUGCGCGAGUAAAGGUGGAGCGGGCCGCCGCUGCCCACCCUGCUCAAUUAAUUUGUCCUUUUUGGCUCAGGUUAAUAAUUCCACCUAUAGUGAAAUAUUUUUCUUGGGGAUUAACUUCAAGCCUCUGACAUUUGAAAGCACGGAAAGCUGAGCCUUUAGCUUGCAGCUCCAAGAAUGUACUCUGCUCACUGACAUAUUUUAAGGACAAACAAAGAAAGGUCAGGAAUGUAGACCAGAGGUGACCUGAGAAUACUCCGACCUCUCUGUGUGCCGAGCAGCAAACAACAUGCCUCUGUAGUGUUAUUGUUGGAGAGAGGGGAGCUGUUAAAUUGGCUACUUGUCCUACUGUUACUGAAUACUAUCAGCAAUGCUGUUAUUCAGCUUCACCUGACACACUUUCUGGACUGGCACAGUUCAGCUCGGUGACAGAUGGGAUUUUUGAGAAGUUUCCAAACACAUGACAGUGAACUGACUCUAUGUCAAAUAAGAGAACUCCGUCACAAAGUGUGCCUUCCGAGGCAGGCCCUGACAUGUGGUGCAGACCUGAAAAAAAAACAAAAAAAACACAUGGCGUGGGUAACGUGACAUUUGCCACAUUUGUCAAAGUGCUCUGCCUCAGGCCCAACAACUAUUUUCAUAUUCUAGUGUUAGCAAUGCAACAUAAUAUCUACAGUCUAAUGCUGACAGAAUACAGGGAACAGUAGUAUUUUGCAGGACUGUACAGGUGAAAGCUCUGCAUUGCCCACAACAUUUAUAAAGUGUUGUAAUUCAUAAGUGGUUAAAAUAAA